CAAUGUUAUUUAAUCGUUUUUAUUUUUCACCUCAAGUUGUGUUUGAAAAUGUUUUUACAUUUUUCGGUUCUUUAUAGUAUUUCCGCGUCAUGCUUAAAUAGUUUUUUUUUCUAUUCUUCUAAUAUUCAAGCCAAACUGUCUGUAUAUUUAUAUUUAAUUUAAAUUAAAAACAUGCCUUGUUAUCUUUUAGGUUUAUAGUUGUUUUAAAUGUCUUAAUUUGUUCAUUAGUGCCCUGUGUCUUGUUUCAAAAGAAAAGUGAAAAACAUAUUGCACUUAAUUAAAACGAAAUGUGUACACGCAAUUUGGAAUUAUUAUUAUAAAGGAAAAUACGCUCUAAAAAAUUGUUGGAUUAGUUAAACAAUUAAUUGACUAUUACCUAAGCGUGUGAAAAAUUAAAAUUAAAAAAAAUUACACAAAAUGUUUCGCCACACAGCACUUUCACAAACUCCCACAUAUAAGUUAAUAUUGGGCUUUGGAUUAUGUACUCUCGGUGGAGCCAUGUUAUAUGCCUAUUUUAAGACUAAAGAUGAUGAUGAAGAUGAUCAACAGCAACAAAAUGACAAAACAAUAGCAAAAGUUAAGCCAGGAUCAAAGCCACAAAAACAAGUUAAACAACCAUUACCGAAGGAAGUUAAAAUUGAAUUGAAAAUUGGUAAUGAACAUGUUCCCCUAUUGGCGGGUAGACAGGGAGCUAACUUAAAGUCUAUAGAGGAUAAAACGUUAACUAAAAUACAUUUUCGAGAUAAAGAUGAUGCAAAUAAAAUUUGUGAAAUAACCGGCUAUCCCGAUAAUGUUAAAGAAGCCCGUGCCUUAAUUCUAAAAGAAAUUGAACGGGCACCUAUAGUUAAAGAGGAAAUCUAUGUACCCCAAAGUGUUUGCGGUAAAAUAAUGGGUCGUUGUGGUGAGGCCAUGCAAGAGAUUUGUCGCAUUUCUUUGGCAAAAGUUUCCAUCGAUGCGGGAGUACGCAGCGCCAAUAGCAGACGUAUCACUAUCACCGGUAAUCGUCAACAGGUUAAUAUUGCACGUAAGCUAAUCGAAGAUAAAAUCGAAGAAGAUGAAUUGCUCAGAAAGGCAGUCGAAGAGGCUGAACAAAAACGUGAACCUCGCCGCUCGCCCACCAAUAGUGUUAACUCUAGCAUGUAUUCCUCACAAACUUCACUCAGUUCUCAUUUGCCACCACGCGAGAAACUAAUGGCCGCUAAGAAUGAUGAAAAGCCCAUGGAAGUUUAUGUUUCAGCUAUUGCCUCACCUGCCAAAUUUUGGGUUCAAUUAAUUGGCCCACAAACUAAAAAAUUAGACGAUUUAGUCGCUAAUAUGACAGAUUAUUAUAGUGUUGCGGAAAAUCGUGCCAUGCAUCAGAUACAAGAACCGUAUUUGGGUCAAAUUGUUGCAACUGUUUUUAAACAUGACAAUAAAUGGUAUAGAGCUGAAGUUGUGGGUAUUCUACCCAAUCAAUAUAAUCCAAAUGAAGUGGUAUUGGAUUUAUACUUUGUCGAUUAUGGUGAUAGUGAAUAUGUGCUACCUCAUGAAAUUUUUGAAUUGCGUACAGAUUUUCUAACUUUAAGAUUCCAAGCAGUUGAAUGUUUUUUGGCAAAUGUUAAAUCAACUUUACAAAAUGAUCCCGAAACAUGGGAUCAACAAUCUAUUGAAGCAUUUGAAGAAUAUACUCAAGUGGCUCGCUGGAAGAAAUUAAUAGCUCGUGUUGUUACUUAUAAAGAUCGCGUUAAAUCUAUUACUGGUAAUACUGCUGCCCGUGAAGGUUCUCCCAUACCGGGUGUGGAAAUUUAUGAGAUUCAAGAGGGUGUUGAAGUUAAUUUGGGUCAUAUGAUGAUAACUCAUGGUUAUGCUAAUCCUUUAAGCGAUGAUUAUCCUCGUGUACGUUCACCACAACUACCACAAAGUCGUAGUAACUCAAAUGAUGCCUUAACAUCCUCAACAUCAUCGACAACACAACAACCACUUAAACCUCAAUCACCAACUCCACUAACUGCCGUCUCACCUACUAUCGCCUCCUUAAAAGACAAACAUACUGAAGCAGAAAACUCACUAAUUGAAGAGCAAUUACAGCACUUGAAUAAAAAUAAUAAUUUGUACUUAAAUGGCAAUGGUCAUGUUAAUAAUGCUUCCAGCAUACCAAUAACGCCGGUUGAAUUGAGUAAUCAUCAUCAUCAUCCGUAUAAAUAUCUCUAAAUGGCAAACAACAACGAUAAGUUUUUUGUUUUAAUUUAUUUUUUGUUUGUGCUUUUGUUUAGUUAGUAAAGUAUUUUUUUAAUACUUUUUUAUUGUAAAUAGUCUUUUUAUAUAUAGUUUAUAAAUAAAUAAUUGUUUUUAAUUUUUUUAUAGAUUCCUAUAAAAAUAUCUCUAUAUAUUAUAUAAUAAUACUAUUUUAAUCUGUAGGUUUUUGCUUAUAAACCAUUUUCAGAAUCUUUUAUUAAUAAUAAUUCAUUUUAAGUUUAGACAUUUUUUUUAGCACUUGACAAAAAUUAUAAAAUUUUAAUGAAAUAUUUAUUUUUUGGAAAUUCUAUAAGAAAAUGGUAGUAAUUGUUUUAAGCAGUUUUAUGCCAUAAUUGUUUUUUUAUUUUUGUUUAAUUAAUUAUAAUUUUGGGGUUUUUUAAAAACAAACAUAUAUGAAUACAAUUUGAACAAAUUUUAUAUUUUUAUUUACUGUUAAAACUACUACAUACACUAUAUUAGUUUUGUGAUGUUUGUUCUACUAUUAUAAUUAUUUUGUUUGUAAAUAAUUUAUUAAAUGUUUAUUAUUUUAACAAAAAAA